AUGAAAGUUUCUACAUUAGCUAUCUUAUGCUGCAUUUCAUUAUGCAGUGUCUUUAAAGCAGUGUUUUGCAAGUCCAACGCGGACCACAAAUGCGAAAGCCUUGAAAAUACUCCUUUUGAUGUCUGUACAUCAGCAGGCUACAAUUAUACUUUGCCGUUACCAAAGAAGCUAACCGGGCGACUAAAGGAUACGAUCUCAUGGCUCGUGAAUCAUUCUAUAGUGUCAUGGGAGAACUGCUCAGACCUCAAUUUGGCGGCGACCAUGGAGUGCUCGGCUAUGUUUCCCAAGUGCAGUGGUGAUGGAAAAAGAGUGCUUCCUUGCAAACGAGUCUGUGGAGAGUUUUUGAAGCAGUGUAUAAACACUGCAAGUGGAUUUGACGCCCUUCGCAUGGAUUACCUACUCAGUAUGUGCCACAUUCUCCCUGACCAUGAAAAACCAAACGAUGAGAAGUGUUACGAGCCGCCUAACUUCAGCACAAACGACAGCAUGCCAAGUAAGUAUCGAUACGUCCUCAAUGAUUCGAUCGACCGAACUGAAAACGGCACGCAACUUUAUUUGUGUGUGUAGGCAUGCAGAGUUGUUACACCCUCCUACUGAAAUUUUACGGCCGAAUCGAAAUGUGGUAAAAUUUAUCAGUUAGAGACGGUGUGGUACAGGUCUUUAGGGCCGUGUGUUAUUACACAGCUCACUGAUUAGUCAUUUGGUUAACAUUACUACGCUUGAAUAUGAUAUGUUUGCCUUAUUUUCAAAACAUGUCUUUUUUACUGACUUCGAAUAAUUAACUGUCAGCAUGGUCAGUCUUAAAACAAUUACAUCGCUAUCCAUCUAUAAUAAGAUAAAGAACGGGAAAUAUGCACUGACAAAGUGUAGUGAUAAAAAACGAGAGUCUGAGAGUUACAUAAUAUAUGUACAUACGCAGUGGAGAUAACAACAGCUGAACAGGAUAUACCCCAAAUCGGCUUAAAUCUCCCAAACGCCAAAGGUUAACUAUGUUUUUAGCCUUCUUUAAUUUCAAAGCUAAGACGUCCCACCACGCAUAUGGCUUAGAAGAAAUAUCAUAUCGGGUGUAAACAGUGGCUUCAGUGAGACAUUCAAUACAGGCCGCAGUUUACUGCCCAAGACUUCCGGACUGUCUGAUCUGUCGUAACAACUCGGCUUAGCAACGAAGCCGGUGACAUCCCGUAGUCACACCUCCCGUAAGCGACCACCACAAAUGCAAAGGUUCACUGGUCGCUUUUCUUUUACGGAAAUUGACCAACUAGAGUCUCCUCCUAGAAGCUUGAGGUCCGGUCACAUCUACGUCUUGAAUUAGGAGAGAAUUCUUUACACUGUUUACUCGAGUUUACAUUACAUUUUCUAAGUAAAGAUAUGCGUAGUUGCCACUAAAUUGCAUGCUCUUGGAAGUGUAGUACAUACAGCAAACAGAGAUCAAAUCAUCGCUUAUGCCAAGGCUAAACGUCGAAAUUUUGUGGUAACGAAGCCCCCUGCAAUUAACUUAGGCCUCGGCCAAACGUCGAACUUUACAUGAAUCGAACCAAACUUAGGCUUUGGAGGUUAGUUUAUGAAAGUUCGACUUCUGGCUUAGUCGAGUUCGUCUGAGUGAGUUUAGAUCGUCCAACAAGAAACAAACGAAAAUUCUAAAGCCGAGGCGGUCGUUUGCGAGAGGUUCCAACUGAAGUGAUCUCACUGGGAAUAUUUUUGGAUAGGUGGUCGCUUAUAGUGCAUAUAGUGCAUUCGCAUAUCAGCCGCAAAUUGUUAAAGAACAGAAUAAAAAGAGAAAAAUUGCCAUAAACGAUGCCGCAAAUUGUUUUCGAUUUGAGAUAAAUCUAUUAUUAUUAUUAUUUUUUUACAGAUUUUUAAAUAUGUAGAACUAUCAUAUUAGGCCGUGACAUUUUUGGCUUGGGGCGAGUGACGUAUUUUGAGGCAUUGUUCUUACGGUCCAGCACGCAUGUCAGAGUUCGAGGUCGUAUAGGACUGGGUCUCUUAAAAAGAGAAUCCAAGCGGUUUCCAUUUCGCCACCUUGAGGUUGCGUGGGAGACCAGGUCGAGAUGGUUAUCAAAGUACAUUGUGGGACUGUUUUGGGGAUCGAAUUAGCCACCAUGUUGAAAAUGCGUCCCCUAAAACAGUCCCACAAUGCACUUUGACAACCAUCUCGACCCGCUCUCCCGCUCAAGGAUUGCAUCUUUGAGAAAAGCGAGCCGUACGGUGCGGAGGAAAAGGGAAAAAAAUUUAAAUAUUAUCAAAGAUCGCUGCAAGCUCUCCUUUCUUUCCCGUUUACGUAAACCACACGUCUCCUCUCGCUUCGUGUGCGUCUUUCUCGCAUGUGACCCCUCAAGAAAUCCACUCUGUCCCAGUGGUUGUUGGCUAUCCACUUUGAAACCGCAUUCAGGUUAUUCUAAGGAAACCAUCCAUGAGGUAGUCUUAAGUACGGGGGUUUACUCACAAUCGGAUGGCCUAUAUACGGGGAGGCUCCGCCUGAAAGGGGUACACGGCCUUUUCUGGCUUCAGGUAAAUGAAACUAUAAAAGGGUAGGGAUUUCACUAGUUGAAUUAUUUUAAAGGGCAGGACUAGGAAAUUUGUCAUUUCGGUUUGUAAAACUAAGCCCAGCCAAGGGCAAACCGCUCUUUUUUUAUGGCUGUGAAAAAUUAUAGAAAACGUUCCGGUUUUGUGACUUAUUCGCAUUUUAAAGACAAUGCAUUUACAGCCGUUUUGUAACGGAUGCAAAGAUCUGAACCAGAUAUGUGAAAGGGGUACGCUUUAUUGAUAGAGGGUAUACGAAAGGGUCGCCCUUUCUGUCAAAAAUGGUAUUAAAAAAAGAAAGGGGUGAGACCUCGGGGCGGUGCCCUCCCGUAUAAAACUUUGUUGAGUACCCCCCCGGCUCCUUUUUCUGUUCUUCUUUUAGGUCCCUUGGAUCGUGGGUGUCAGGAGUUGAUUAUUCCGGCUUGUAAAGACUUGGGUGUUUACUCACACACUCUUUUGUCGGAGGAGGUGCAGAAGCAUCUAUACCUGACUUUUUGGAGAAAAUCUUACAACAAAAGUGACCUGCAAAGGGAUUUUCCAAAGGUGUUCGAAAACAUUCUUGCAAACUAUCCGAAGUGUCGAAGAAAUGCAGAGACGUUAUUUUGUGGCGAGAUGUUUCCCCCGUGUUUUCUGCAUGAAACCAAGACCGUUUAUAAGGCUCCUUGUAGAUCGCUGUGUAAUGACAUCGCCAGAGACUGCCCGGGAUAUUUUAGGUAAAGCUUUUAUUAAGUACCGUGAAGUUUCGAAAGUAACGGCCCUCGUUACUUUCGGAUUUAGCACAACCUCGUCCCCAGGGCGCUUUUCUCCACCUCCAAAGCCAGGGCAAAGCGCCCUGGGGACGAGGUUGGAUUUAGCAGCCUUUUGCGAUAGCUAUUUUCAGAGGGUCGCUAUGUAGGAUAGCUAAAACGCAGGUGUGCUGUCACGCAGAGGCCGCUGGUUAUGGUAAUAACAUGAUCGCGACAAAUGUGAAAACUUCCACACUUUUUAUUUGGAGAAACGUAUUUCAUGUUUCAAAAGAAUUGUUUGAUUAACGUGUCGUAUUAACGUUUCGAUUAACGUUUCGUAUUCCCAGACGAAAGGAAGACUACAAGUAAUGUAUCUUUUUGGGUUACGUAAAGGAUUUUAUAAAAUAACUAACUAAGAUAGUACGCGCGCUCUGAUUGUUUAAGAACCUAUGGUUUAUUGUGCCGGUAAACUCAUAGAAAACUCCAUUUUACUUAAAUAGACCCCCGGGAAUAGACCACACUUUCUAUGGGUUUACCGGUGUGAUAACCCACGCGGGAUGUUGGGGGAGCACUCGAAAAGCUUGAAUGUAAAUCGCUCGCCUUCGGCUCAUGAUUUACAAGCUUUUCUCGUGUUCUCCGAACAUCCCGCGUAGGUUAUGCGCCAGUAAAUCCAAAGAAAAUGUGGUCUACUGGUUAAAUAAACGUUAAAAGUAGACCUCGGAUCACCAAGGUAAAUUUUGUUGUCUCUAUAAAUUUCCUCUUCAGUCCGGCACAGUUAUCAAAGUCGAUAACCUGGACAAACUAUUAGCCAAUCAAACUUCAAGCAAAAAGGGAAAUUACUUUAGAGGACGCUACUAUACUUUCGCAGGGUCCUUAUUUUCGGGGGGUCUCUACUUUUGGCAUUUGUUAACACUUGCGAAAUUUCAUCGCUAUAACAAAAAGGGACAUAACUUUUGAAGCGACUUCUUUAGGAAGGUCGUUAUUUUCAAAACGUGUUACGGUAGUAUCUUAUGGAGCGUUUUCACAUGACGUCAUGUUGUUCCAAAACAAUGAAGUAGCGACUAUGUUGGUGUUUCAAGCCAGUUGUACGGGUGUGUGAACUGAACCAGUUUCUCAUAUAAAAAAAAAACUUUCUUAUGUACCAAUAAAUUUGCAUAGUUGCUGGUUACGUGAGUGAAAAGGCUCCAUUGGCUGUUUCUAGAUAGGAGUUUUAAUUAAAUGUCAAUCUGGGACGAACUUGGACAAUAGAUUGACUAAAUGUUGUAGCUGAAGAGGGUCGCAGUGGGGAAGUGAUUUUGGCGAUAAACGGUCAAUAUCCUGGUCUAACGCAAUUAAUGGUUAACCUUUUUAUUUUCGUUAUGGUUAGCAGAAUUCUUACAAAAUUAUUUGUAUUAUAAAAUCAGCAAUGAACCGCUGAACUGGAACUAAGGCUGUCACGAAAGUUCCACGAAGAUGAAAACAAGCGAAAAUAGGACCCGCCCGAUUUGUUUUGUUUGUUUGUUUUCCUUUCAGUGAUGACUUCAGUGAUGCAGAAUAUUGUGGUUUGCUUCCAGAGGGAUACACGGGCGAUUUGUUUUGUAACAUAAAGGAAUGGCCUUCUCCAUUCCAUUGGCUCGAUUAUGUAGGUCAGUGAUUAUAACAUUAUUGUUUGAGUGUGGUUUAUAUGGUCGGGGCAAGAAGACGCACCAUGACUCUCGCGAGUAUUUCCAGCAAAGGUGCUGUUUUCAGGCAAUUUAGAAUUAUAUUAAAUAUGUUCCGCGCUGCAAGUUCUACAACCUAACCGAGGCUUUCAGUUCUUUGAAUUUCCAUUAAGGUGUUUUCAUUAGAUCGCUGGGAUAACCUUAGUUAGUAACUUGUAAUCUGAACAAAGAUUACUAAGUGUAUACGGCAAAUCUCGAUACCAGGCUCUCUCUCUCUCUUUGGCAAGUCGGUGAUGAUUACAUUCACCCCAGAAAAAUGGGCGAGAAUGCGAUGCCAGAUACGUGUUCCAUGAUCCGUUCACCAGUUGUCCCUUGUCCCAUACACUACUGCUCACUCCAGUUGUAUUAGGGCCGUGUUCUUCUAUGUCGAAGGCUAAACAUGAGACCCUUAUAUGGUCAAUGCUAUAUAUAUGGCAAAAGGCAACCCCCUCGAGGAUGAAAUGACAAUUCCUUAUUGAACCGUCAUCCUCACCUUAUAAAGGAGUAGUCCAGGAUUGUUUUACGACGCCAAAGGAGUUCUUGUAAUAAAAUUUUCAAAAAUGUGAAUUUACUUGCGCAAAGCUAGCAUUACGCCAGAAAUGGUUGGAGAUGACCCUUCCAGGCUGUCUUUUUGCUAUAUCAACAGCCAGUAUAUCGAAAUUAAGUUACCCAUUUUAGUUGUAGGUGUCCGAUCAACUCAGUGUCAACUUUGCUUUUGGUUUUAACUUUUGUUUUCCACAGAUCUCCUGACAACAACGUCAGCACCAUCCGAGGAACCAAAUAAGCUGGCCCCCAAAGGGUGGGUCAUUGCUGUGGCAGUGCUGUCGUGCCUGGCAGUUGUGGGGCUCGUCUUAGGGGGCUUAAUUUGGUGGAAGUGGCGAAGGACAUCACCUGGAGUGGCGUACAAGAAACAGCACGAUGAAGAAGGCGCUCAAUAG